AUGGAGACGCAAACGCUGAUUUCAGCCGUAUUUCAUCACCUGGUCGCUGCUUUUCUACUGUUUCUCGUCUUCGGCGGCUGUCCACGCAGUUCUCCUUUCGCCUCCUGCAGCGCGCUGCCCAGCUCCCCUCACCACAGUGCCUUCUCCCCGCUGUUAAAAGCUCUGUCAGAGCAAGGAGGCUCGACUUGGACCCCGGACCUCAAGAGAAGGUAUAAACCCGAGCAUAGGUAUGUGAAGUAUAUGUCUGAACUUUACAAGAGGUCCAAAAGGGUGGAGAGAAGCUCGGACGGGAACGACCUCUACAACACCAUCCGCCUGAUAAAGCCGCUUGAAGAGUGUCUUCUUCAGAAUGAAGAGUUAUUUAUGCAAGACCUUUCCUACAACCUCGAUCGAGUAAGAAACAACGAAAAGCUUCUGAAAUCUCUCCUGCUGUACUCUUCUGACCAUGGCCAGACUGCAUCCAUCACUCCUGUGUGCUACCUGAAUAUCAAAGGCAAGGACAACUCAAACCAGUGUCCGCUGUGUCCUGGUGUCGAACACAUAGUCAACUUCACAGUAAAUGCAGGUGGAAAGAGAAGAGUGGGUUGGGUAGAGGUUGAUGUCACCUCUGUCCUCCAACCUCUCAUGGACUACCAGAAGAAGGACAUCCACCUGCUCAUUAAUUUAACAUGCACAGAGGACCAAGUGGCCAGGGCUUACAAGCACAAAGGCUCCAUAGGGCACACCCUGAGAUCUCCACCCCUUCUCCUGUACCUCAGUGACACUAGCAAAUCGUUCCACCAGAGGUCGCCCAUCUUCUCUGAUGUAGGUCAAAAUCCAAGUAAUGCAGCAAACACAUUUGACAAAACGAUGGAAAUCCAACCAGAACGAAGAAUCCAGCACAAAAGGAGAUUGAGAAGGGAGUCUGUAAUGAGCAUAAAAGAGCAAAGCGAAAAUAUCCAACAGCCCGAACCUCUUCCGAGCUCAGCAUUUCCAAGUGACUGUGCCUUGUAUGAUUUCAGGGUGAGAUUCAGCCAACUCAAAUUGGAUCACUGGAUCGUGUUCCCCCCUAAAUACAACCCUAGAUAUUGUAGAGGCAUCUGCUCAAGGACAAUGGGCUCCAUCUAUGGCUCACCAAUCCAUACAAUGGUGCAAAGCCUCAUAUAUGAGUUGCUUGAUUCCUCAGUGCCAAAGCCCUCAUGUAUUCCCUCCCAUUAUGAGCCUCUAAGUGUCAUGAUCUUUGAAGAGGAUGGCUCUUAUAUGUACAAAGAGUUUCAGGAUAUGGUUGCUACUGGAUGCACAUGUCGUUAA